AUGAGCGGCCUGUCAAAACGGGUCAAGAAGCCCCUGCCCGCGGGCACGAUGUGCCCCCAGGACCUUGCCAUCAAGCCGUUGCCCUCGAUAAACGCGGUUUACAACAAGAGACCGCUGGCCCAGGCCGCUGCUGGAAUCAACGCUAGUAAGAAGCCGAAAACAGACGAUGCCACAGACUUGGCUACCUCUUCGGCAUCCGGCUCGAGCUCGAAUAACACCGAGCUGCUACGCCCAACGAUAGAAUACGAAGAGCUUCGAGCUUUUGGGGUAAAAGCCAAAUGUGACGAGUUGAACGACGAGGAGUUCAAGGAGCUGCUCAACACCUCGGUCAACGAGGGCAAGUACAACAAGGUCUGCCGUCUGAUCGUGGCCUACUUUCUGCGAAUUUUUAAAGAAUUUCAAGUCACCAGCAAGGUGUCGCUUGAUGCCGGCGCGUUCGCGAACAUAGUCCUUGUUAUUGCGGAGAACUCACAGAAGUUGACGAACCCCUACUUGCCAAAAGUGUGCUUCUGGGCUCUGGCUCAAUCGAAAGGCUGGAGCGUUGAGAAGCAGAAGAUACUCGCCUCGAUCCCUACCAGAUUGGCCAUGCAUCAACAACAGCUCCACAACAUCUAUGCCCAAGCCUUUUUAUCGGAUUGUCUGGGCGACAGAAAUUGGGUUGAUAAGAGCCAUUGUGCUGAACUCGUCUCUCUCAUCCUGAAGCGCUUCAACACGCGCUUCCCGGACGCGGCCGCUUACAAGCUGACAAAUGGAGAAGUUGUAGCGCCGGAUUGGACCCCGGAUACUAAUGUCCCCGACAAAUUCCCGGCAAACGUUGAGGGAAUCGGGGAGGCUGAACGAGAUCGACUGCGCGUACAACAGAAAAAGAAGGCCCAAGAAGCGGGUGGUGACGUUGAUGAAGCUGCAAUAGAAGCCGCUCUACCGCCACUACGUGUCAAUAUUACUGAAGAUGUGCUUACGUACCUUCGUCGUUGGUGGGAGCUGAAGAGCGACACCCCAGCUCGGCCUUUUCUUCGUACAAUGGCGGCGUUUUGCGGCGUCCCGGAAGUACGGCUAGCCGCUGCUCAACGUCUCGACGCUUGGCUACAAAACCCGAAGACGCUUCGUCAGGCUUUUGAGCUUCUACUGCGUGUUGGAGCCAAUAUUGCCGAUGCUACCGAUCCCACCGACAACGAGGUGCUGCGAACGUUGCUCAAGAUGAAGAGCCUGAAGAGCAAGCAGGUGCAGACGGUGUUUCUCGGCUUUCUUGGCGCGCUGUCAAGCAAUGAAGCCAACAUGCGGACGGCGAUCAAUUUGAUAGUUUGGAAUGAGCUGGGGCAGCCGCAUGAGAGAGCCACUCACAACUUGCCCAUCUUGCUGGCAAUAAUCUCGCUGAACAAUGCAAGUUAUAUGAAGAUCCUGGCUCAAGAAUUAGCCCGCAUCCUCUUCGACAAGCCGGAAAUGCUCCGCGCCCUCUCACUGUUCCUCCGCGAAUUUGCCAGGUCCCACCUCCGCAACGAGUUCAGCUUCCCGCCCUUCCUGGAGGCGUUUCUGCAGGGUUAUGCCGAUAGAAUGGAGUCUGGAGAGGCUUUUGAGCAACAGCAAAUCCUCACCUCGACUAUCCCAUUCUGCAGUAACGUCGUUUGGACGGCCAUGUCGCAGCAGGUGCGCGAGGAAUUUUCGAAACGUCGUCAGGGCGCCAUUUUCAACCAGCUGCUGUACAAUCGUUUUUCUGCCGAGCUGAACGCGUACUUUAUGCAUGGAUUGGUAUGGCUCGAACGCUACAAGCUGGCCAUUGGGACGGCGGAGGAGGAGAAGAAGCUCUAUGUGUCGGCCAUGUAUCAGAUCCUAUUCUUGGAUAAGGGCGUUCAUCUCCUCAAAACCGAUGGCGGCCCGAGCGAGUCCGACUGGACGCCGUGCUACAAGAUAAUCUCCGAAGUGCACCCUACGGCGCCGUUGCUGAUCAAGCUGAUGCUCGACGACAACGUGGACUCGAUAGACCGGCUGGAGAUGGUGACCCUGAUGACGAUGCGGCUGGUCAAGUACUUCACCAAUGCCGAUAAAAUGAUCGCCUUCAUCGACGAGACGAGCGAGUUCCUGAUCGACCUAAUGUUCGGGCUGGCGCGCUACACAUCAAGGCACAGCUUGGCGGAUGAGUCGAAAGAUCUGUACACGGCAGAUCUGUACUGGAAAGUGGUCGGCAACGUGUUCAUCUGGGCCGCAUUUGGCCACGCGCCGAGCGUUCUGAAGCUCGCCCACGACAAGUACGCUGUCAUCAGGCUUCUGAUCCUGAUGGCGCUGACUGAGGACUUCAAAUUCCCUCAAUUCGCCCUCGACAAAAUCUUCGCCGGCGAGCCCGAUCUUCGGAAGACGGGUGAUGAAUUGGCCCUCUCCGUCGAGCGCAAGAGCACCGGCCGCCUCAACUUGACGCUGGAGAACAGCCAGCUGGCCCCGCUGCUCAUCUACGCGCCCCAUGGCGACACGCCCCGCACCCCACCUGAAGACUGGAUCCACUCGCUGGCCAUCCUGUGCAGCUCGCACAACAUCGGCAUCCAGUUGGCGAACAUCCGGGAGCCGGAGCUGCUGCAGGAGCUGAUCAACGAGUGCGGCACGGACAGUGCGAUGUUUGCGAUUUCGAACGCGCUCAGCAAUGACGUGAACGCCGUGACGACGCUGCCGAUCGCCUCCCUCUGCGAGUACCUCAUCGUGCAACACGUCGCCGUCAAGCCGCAUGCUGGAGCCGAGGAAGUCGAGCGAAACAACAUGAUUUUCGAUCGACUGACCGAGAGCCUCACUUCGGGCAAUGAACUUCUAUUGCUACUCCUCGGCAAGUUGGCCACCCACGAGUCGACGCGGCGCACGCCCGUGAUCCAGAUCCUGAAUCGAAUAUACUGCGCAGAACAGGCGAAGUGGGCCGACCCUGCACCACACUUUCUGGCGGCCGUUGGCGCCGACCCCUACUUCAAGAAGGACAGGGUCCAAAUUUGCGGCCUGCUCGCCAAAGCGUGCAAAUUCGAAAACAGCCCGUUGUACGCGCUCGUCUACCUGCAGCUCCUCUCCGAACGAUUGGAGCUUGGCGACGACUUGGCGGAGUUAGCAAGGGAUCUAGCGUCAAUGCCCUACAUCCAGGAGCCGGAGCUGAGGCCGCCGUUGCUCGACUUCUUCAACACGUACAACAAGUUUGUGGUCAGCAACGGCUUGAAGGAGGCCAAGCCGUCCACCUAUCACAUCAAGCUCAAGAAAGGAGAGCUCUUGGCGGACCCUGAAGUCGUGGCCGCCCAGCUUGAACUUCUCUGCACAACUUCAGGCACUGAGGGCUCGGCGGCGCGAAGCGAGAUGAUGGAUAUUUGGUUUCCAAAGGGAAAUGCCAAGCUGACGGUGACCUGCAACGGCGAGCCGGUCAACGUCCUGGCGGACAACAUCGUCGCCCAAAUGCUAUGCACCGACGACGAGCGGAUUGUGAAUGUAGCCCUUGCGGGUCUGACGCCCGAGACGGCGCUGACCUUGCUGCAACGCUUCGGUCUGGCGCUGCACUGCGCCUCCCGGCUGUUGACCAUGCUCGACAAACUCGACCAGAAUAAAGUCGAACAACGCGCAGUCGUCAGCGCCCUUCCGUUCGCGAUCGGCUACCGCCAUCGGGGCGCCACGGGUGGAGCCGAUUUUGUCGAAGAAGCUCAGCGACGACAGACCGCGACAAAGGAGGACUCGAUGGAUCUACUGACGCUGGAGCCGUUGCCGGAGAUGUUGGCCAUGCCCGUCCCAAAGGCCCCCGAAGUAACGCCGAAGGAGUUGACGGCCAGGCUGAAGUCGGCGAUAUCCAAAAAUAGUGAGCUGGAAAUCGGCAUCGACGAUGUCAUCUGCAUGUGCAAGUGCGAGAAGCUGACGCUGUCGUGUAUGGAGUUUGUUGAAAGCAAUUUAAAGUACCUACUCGACCACCCAGACUCCUUUUUCGAAGCCAUGCUCGUCCUCUCUCAAGCUUCUGAACGGCAUUCAACGGUGCGAACGCGGCUGACGCAAUGGGCUAAGAAGGUGCUCAAGGGGGCCAAGCCGUCGAAGCCGGUCGCCGACCUCCUUGUUCAGUUUGCGUCGAGGGGCGUGAAGGUGACGUCGUCGAGUGUGGAUGCCACUAGUGAAAUGGGCGAAAUGUCAUCGGCCGAUCAAAUGCUCGAGAACAUGGCCGAGAUGGACGGGAUGUCGGCCGCGGAAGCGGCGAGGACUAUCAAUCUCUACGUCGCGCGGAGACCGGAAAUUAUCGAGCCGGGCCCUUAUAUUGUCCAGCAGACGCGCUCACUUUUCACUGCAAAACACUCCGCCGUCACUUCUCUGUGCGUAAAACUCGCCCACUCGGUCACCCCGGAAACGCUGGAAACGGUGAUGCGAUACCUGAGCUCCAGUUACGAUCCAAAGCUGAACGCCGGCUCGGUUUUCGGGCUCUUCUCCUACUGCGCCUGCGAGGGCAAGGUGGCCAUGUUCAAGGAGAUGACCGAUGCACAGUUAAAAGUGCUUGCUCACUACGUCUGCGCUGCCGUUGUCGAGGACCCGAUCCGGGAAGAGGCCGCCGUGCUGAUGAUUGAUGCGCUGGUGACCGCCCUCGGCUUCCCGGUCCUCCGCCCGCUCGUCCAAAGCUUUGUCGACCAAACGAAGGCCGUCAUAUACGAUCGGGCCCGCUUUGAGCAGCUGCAGAAGUUUGUCAACGGGCUCACCAGAAAUUUUCCAUGCGUCAAGGCCGACUGGGCCGUCGGCUAUGUCGCCAUCCAGGGCCAGCACUGGCGAAUGAAGGAGGCCGACGUGAUGAUGACGCAGACGUUGAACGUUGUGUUCACAGACGAAGAUCCCGCGAAAAUCGAGCGCGCCCUCGCACAGCUCGAAAGCUGGCUGAAGAGUCAUCCGAAGUCGAUGGAACGGCACCUCGGCGUACUCUCCCGACUUCUCGCCGAGCACGUGUCGAUGAAUUCGCGGCAGAUGCGCGACAAGAAUUCAAUGCUUCUGGUCGCGUUCGCGAUACGCGCCAUCUUCGUGCUCGUCCCGAAGGUCGAGGCGAGCAGCCUGGACCACGUGGAGGCGCUGCUCUCCGUAAUCAUUGCCUUCGCAGAGCGUCACCUCUGCGAGCGGCGCGCCGGCUCGGCCGAACAACGCGAAGCCGUCGUGCGGGCGUGUCUUCUCUACGGCACGACGCACUAUUCAAGGGCCCGCUCCUUGCUCCAGGAUCACGACGAGCCGAUUCGAAAAAUCGCCGCCGAUCUGCAAUCCGACCCGACGCUGAAGAGCACGCUGGCCGAUUUGCUUGCCGAACAG